CGACAAAUAAUCAUUGGUUUUGCUUGGCGUAAACGAACCAAUACAAGCACCGUAGUGUUACAGUAUUUGACAUUUUAUUCUUUUGUGUGGAGCAUACCGUGCCGUUUUGAUUGUGUGAACAGUGAAUCUGUUUUAUAUAGAUAGGCGCGUUCGCUUCUCCUGAUAGCUGUUUACUUACGAAAUCGACCUUCGAUAUGGCUCUCGACGGCGGAAAAUCUGCGAAACUUUUUGUGACAUUAAUAUAGUUGUGAGUCUAGUGCUGUCCAGUCAAAUGUACGCAAUUGGUGCUACAUGUAUCUUGUGAAAAGAUGCACAAAGUACUUUGCGUUUCAUCGAUAUUCUGCGCUCUUUCCUCACUGACGGCACAACAACAGAACUCGAUCCUUUGGCCAGUAGAUCCAGCACCAUUACUGAACGCCAUUAGCAUGGUUAAUUCUACAGUUAUGGAUGGUUCGUGCAUGCCUUCUUUCAUGUACAUUCAGAGUUCAAACUACACCGGAAUGUUCACAAAUCCACUAACGGUCAGCAUGACGCAAAUAGGGCUGGAGAUUUACUAUGCUGCCUGCCAGAGCAAACGACACGACUACUUUCUGGGAUACACAGGUUAUCAGCGCUUCAUAGACACCGGCACUAAGUUCGUGAGCUAUAUGGAAGAACUGUAUUUUGAGGAUUGCUUUCGAACUGGUUUAUCUUGCAAUAUCGAUCAAAAACAAAACAAACUGCGCGGGCUAGGCAGAACUGUUCAAGGAGCUAUGGAAGACUACGUGUUUUCCGGUGUGCUGGAUAUAUCGCACUUGCGUCGGUUUGUGUUUUCUCAAAUGGCUCAACUGCAACCACUUGCCACUUAUCUUUUACAGUUCGGCAUUGAUUUAGAAGCGAAUUUUAUACCUUUGCUGAAUUGUUCAAUCGAUAUUUUUUACCUUUUACCCAAUGCUGAUUCUUACCGAAAUGACAGUUCUGAACUUAAUAAUACAAUUCCACAACCGACCGUCAGAAACAUUUUCCCGGCUAUUCUCCAUGCUGUGGCAAAAAAUCGCAAGGAUAAAGGUGUCUUUCUCAAUCUCAUAUCACUGCUGUGGUAUCCAGAGUUCUAUUCGGGUUUCUCCGGUAGCUCCGAUACUAUGAUGCCAAGCUACCUGCCAGCUUGCGCAGAAGGCGGCACAGACGUGCAUGUGGUCUUGGGUCAGACUGUUGACAUGCUGGAUGGGCACGUCAUUUCGGUGUUAUUGGCACCGCCUUGCCGCUUGGAACUGAAAGCGGCAUCUCAGCUGGCCGAUUUGUACAAUGUGACGACCUUUACCGGCGGUGGGGAGCUCAUCGGGAAUUACUCGAAAUAUCCCUUUAUUGUUAGGACAGCAUACAGUCCGAUUUAUGUUUGGGAGGGGUUGGUGGCGUUUGCGGCUUUGUAUGCUUGGGAAACUUUUUUCAUUAUUUACGAUGACAUGUCAACUAACCUCCUCGAUGCUCAGGAGAAGACCAUCCUGGCUGACGGCCUGUCAUAUAUUUUGCAUCAAAAAGGAUGGAAUGUCAUUUUAGUACGACAUCACGAGGACAGUGAUGUUGAACCGAAUUUAGCUGCCCUGCGGAAGGCUGCUCGAAUUGUCGUCAUCGUCUCAAAUAAAAGCAUUUUUCGGAAGUACAUGAUGGCUGCAUCUAAUCUGGGAAUGUGUAAAGGAGACUACGCGUUUAUUGCUCUGGAUACCUUCAAAGAUCCAUAUUUUAAUAAUUCUCAGCCGUGGCAAGCAGGAGACGGCAACGACGACAAGGCCAAAACUGCAUAUGAAGCUGUGCUUAUUGUUGGCAUAGCGGACCCGGCAAGCCAGAUAGCGCAGAUGAUGGGCGAUUUCGAGCAAGAUAUAGGCGCAAGUUCAUACGCCAUAUUCUUGGGCCAAUCCACUUUUUUAUAUGGCGUGCCAAAUUAUUAUACAGCUAGCUACUUUGAUGUUUUGAUGCUGCUCGGCCAGCGCGUGAAGGACGCUACCAACGCCGCCGUGGAAACCUGGAAACGUGAUGGUGUACCGUAUUUGGAGUUUACAACGAAACUGUCCACAUUUCUGAGAAAGCAAAACUAUUUCAACAUUGUGGAAAAAAACGGGAUGACUGGAGACGUAGUUAUUGACAUCGAAGGUAACCGACUGCAGAAUACCAUGAUUUUUGAUAUGCUCGAGAACGGCCAGUUUGCACCUGUUUUCAACUAUAGCACAUCUUUAAAAAAAUCUCAAAGUGGAACACUGCGAUGGCCUCAAGGAAAGUCACCAGUCAGUCGUCCUUUUUGCGGUUUCGAAGGAGAAAAUCCUGCUUGUGCUCCAAUGUCAACAAACUCCAUUCUGACGAUUGCGAUGACCAUAAUCCUCAGCGUGAUGGCUGUGAUAAUCAUUGCCGUGUGCUACACGCGCAACGAAAAACGCAAAAUAGCCGAGAGGAACUGGAUCGCCAAACUGGACGAUGUGCAGUACCCACGGGAUAUGCAUGAUUGGGUGCGUCGACGGUAUACGUUAAUCGAUGACGGAGCCGGUGGAGUAGCCGUUGGUGAUGCGGUGCGUACGGCACGAAAGGCUAUGACGGCUCGAUUAGGACGAGGCUCGGUGGUCAGAGAAAUGGAGCACCUUGACCGGAUGCGUCUGUCACUGAAGAAAACCGGGCAUAAAUCUCAAGGAGUGUACAAGAAACUGCCAGUAACCAUUCGGCACUGUCAGAAAAAAGUAGUGUAUCUGACACAACAGGUUCUUCAAGAGGUCAAAACCGUGCGAACGAUGAAGAGUGACGAUAAUAUCAUCAAAUUUCUUGCGGCCAGCAUGGACUGGGAAAAAGUAGCAAUUUUUUACGAAUUUUGUGCGAAAGGAACAUUGCAGGAUCUCAUCGUGAGCUCCCACUUCCGCUUAGACUGGACGAUGAGGUUAACAGUCAUUGGCGACCUUCUACGGGGAUUAACGCACAUCCACGCUUCUUCUCUUGAAGCGCACGGCCGCUUAACGUCCAAAUGCAUCCAUGUUGACAAUCGCUUUGUGCUAAAAAUCGCCGAUUAUGGUUUGCCUAGUUUUUUCUCUUUGACUGUGGAGGAAACGCAAGAACUGAAAGACACAGGCGAACUGUGGGACAUGCUCCUAUGGACUGCACCCGAACAUAUAGGGGUUAUUCUCGGCGGUGAAAUGACGAAUUUCAUUGCAAAGCGGGAUCGGCGUAGUAGUCAGAUCGGACCACCGAUUUCCAGAAAUAUGAAACGCUACCGCAUGGCUAACGAAAAGUCUCGGUACGAAAGAGACCAGCUGAUGCACGAACAAGCAAUGAGUGCUAAAAGCGGAUCCAGACAAGGCGACAUAUUCAGUGUCGCUAUAAUCAUGUCGGAAGUGUUCCUAGCCGCAAAGCCAUAUAGCAUGUAUCCAUUUUUAUCAUCGGAAGAGAUUGUUUCGCACGUACGGGAUCGCUUAACUAGCGAAGUGCCAUUUCGACCACAGAUUGCUGUCGAAGAUUGUGGUCAUCCAGAACUGCACAAGUUGUUGCUGAGAUGCUGGUCAGAUCAAUAUAACAAGAGGCCCACACUGACUGCGGUUCGUAUAGCUUUGAAGGAGAUCGGAGAAGAAUUAGGGAUCGGCAGUAAAACAACAUCUAUUAUGGACGUUAUGCUCGGCCGCAUGGAGGAACAAGCUGUUGAACUCCAGCAACGAAUUGCCGAACGCACUAAAUCCAUUCAGCAGGAGAAAUCCCAGUUCUUCCAGCUGGUAGCUGAAGUUUUGCCAAAGUCAACAGCCGAUAGACUGCGUCAUGACGAGACUAUCGCCCCGGAAUUGUACGAUAUUGUGACCUUACUAAUGUGUGAUGUUGUCAACUUCCAAGAAAUCCUUGAAGGAUGUUCUCCAGCAGUUGUCGUCGAGUUCGUUACGGAUUUGUAUCGGUAUUAUGAAUCAGUCACCACAGAGUACGAGUGCAUCACCGUGGAUAUUCAACAAGCUUUAGUUAUGAUUGCAUCUGGGUUACCUGUUCGGAAUGGUAUAUUUAACGCUAGAGAAAUAGCACGAGUGGCGUUGACCAUGCUGUUCAAAACAACUAAAUUUCACAUUCCGUGGAAACCACAAGCGCAUUUGAUUUUCCGCAUGGCUGUUAAUACAGGACCCGUUGUUGCCGGCGUUAUUGGCCAGAUGUGUCCAAAGUAUUGCGUUUUUGGCGAAACAGUUUUUGUUGCUCAUCGACUGCUUGCAGUUACAAAAGUUACUCAGAUUUUGUGCAGUUCUACUGCCUGUAACCUGAUGGAGACGUUCGGCAGUUUUGUACUGAUUCGUCUCCAAGAUAUAUUCCUGAAAGGAAAAGGAUUUGUGCCCAGUUACAGUCUGUGUGGAGAAAACGGUAACCGAUGCCGGAGAAACAAUUCGCCAACGGAAUUCCUAUUAAUAAAACUAAUAACUAAUACCGCUAACCCAACUAUUCAACGUUUGGAAACUGAGUUUCGCUCUGCUGUGCCAGACGCUGGCCGAGGCGAAUAAACAUAUCGCUUUAGGGCUCAGCUUAACAAGCUGAGCUCAUUGUCAGCUUAACAACGUUCCCAAAAGUUGCUUCGUGUUCAUCACCGUGCAUGGGCCUGACAUGGGUAAUAAGGGAAAAGCAUGCCAUAUAUCGUUGUUGUAAAAGACUAUUGUAUAUCGUUUGAUUUUGUUACUGUAUUUUACGUGGCAACAACAAUAUAAUUAAAAGAUUUUCGUAUGCUAACACUGCUAAACUGACUGUAGACAACUUGUAGUUUCCGUUACAGUAACACGAAGUCGAUUAGCUGAGACUUGAAUUUCGCAACGCUAACUGCAGUAACCAAAAGAAAGACUCUGUAUUUACUCAACUUCGAUCACGAUGACUGUAUUUUCUGCAGUAACCUCUCCCAGUGUUAUAUACUAAUCACUCGUAAGUUCUGAGCUUUUCCACUCAUCAGAAGCCGUAAUUACCGCGUACAAGCCAAUCUGUUAUGGAAAAACUGGCAGUUAUCACUCAUCAAACACUGAUAUCAAGAAUUAUAUUGGAUUGCUGCCGCAACAAUUCUUAUGUCUUACGCUGCUGAUUGGAAGCGCUCAACUUGAAUUUUAAACUUACGAUAAUCAGGAAUUCAACCGUUUGUCAAAUGGUAGCUGCUUCUCGGAAACGGAAGUCUCAGGGACGCCCUUCUAACAGUAGAUCUAGAACCACCAAGCGAGUGUGUUUUGACGACAAUCCAACAAUUCAUGAUUUUGAAAACGUUGAGAUUUCUUCUGGCAUGGAUGGAGCCCCUUCCUGUGGGUGCAGUAGCAGUGCCAGUGCAGACCCAGACACUGAUCUAGCAGACAUUACUUCCAUUUCAACAGGCAUCCAACAACCCCCGUCAACUGCUGGAGCGAGUGCAGCCACCGCGUUACCGCCGUUCAGCCAAUCAGACUCGAUCGGUGCAGCAUGUGAGACCAACAGCCUGGCCAGUCGGAUAGAAGGCGAAGUCCGAGACAGCUAUCAGUUCAACAUGAAACAAAUCCAGAAUGUCUUUCAGCGGAAGGUCGACCAGUUAGAAGUCAAGCUGACCGAGUCCGAACGACAGCGUGAGCAGCUUCUGGGAUUGAUCGAUGAGAAGGACAAGCAAAUUGACGAAUUAACAUCCGCUAUCGAGGAGGUGAAAGAUAUCCGUCGUGUAGUGUACCCUGCCCAUACGAAUAAACCUGCCAGAAUGUGUUUGUGUGGAUCAUACACCACAUCCCUGGAUGACCUUCCGGAAGCUCUCUUACUGGGAAUACUAGCGUUUCUUGAUGCUUUUUCUCUGCAGCGAGUGCGAAGAGUCUCGCGCCACUUCAAAGAAAUCCACCGGCAUCCUGGACUGAACAAAAGCGUAUACUUCUACGUUGACGUUCUGCAGCACAGUGCGCGAUAUCAUUCGCAUCGUUCAGCCAAUUUUCUCCACGACCUCUACCGGCACUGUCUGACAGAACACACACAGCAUAUAAUAUUUGAUGCAGGUCGCGAAAGAAUGGAGUUAUGGGACGCCUUCAAUGUAGAAGAUAACGACUUGUGCGGAAGCAUACUGCCUGUAUCGCCCCACUUGCAACGGUUGACGUUUAAAAGCUGUCCAUUGGGUUUCAACCACCUGUUAACUCUGCCGGCAAAUAUCCAGCGCGUGCACUUACUAAGUGUGGAUCUGGCAGAGAAAGCGGGAUUUUUGUCAAUCGAGCAGUAUAUCAACAAUUUUGAGGUCGGGAUACGGAUUGAGGAAGCCGUGGUGGACCUUUCUGACUCUAAUGCUGACCGCGAGGAAAUGUUGCUCAAGCUGAUGAACCACCAUAUGCCACGGCUAAAAAAGACCGACAAACUGGAAAUCGAGAGCGGUAUUGGUAAAGUCAACGAAAUGAAGCGCAACCAAAUUAUUCAGUUAAUAAACAGGCGAGAGCCGUCGCUUAAAAACAAGCUGGACGCUAACAUUAGAAGACUGACGGUCAACCACUUGAAAUCGCUUCGACCCUGGACCAAGUUGGGGAUCUUGCAGAUUAUUCGUGGAGUAACGGUACCGCCGACUACUCCGUCUGGUGGGCGUCCAGGUUUAUCGCCGUCGACAAACGCUUCCACAUUCGAGCAUCGUGCGGUCUCUAAACCUUGUCUUAAACAAAACACUCGUUCAGAGAGCACUAUCGGUGUCGGUGUGGGUAAUGGCGAUAACAAUGUGGGGUAACUUUUUCGUGAAUUUGUGUGCAUCAGCUAUUAAAUAUGUAGUUUGGAAGCAUUGCUACAAGGUGCAUGUAUACAAGAUGUCCAGUCGGCAAUACACAGCAGUAACCUG